AUGCUGAACCUUUCUGAGACCUUCUGUCCAAUAGAGAUGAUCUCAGCGCCUCGUUAUAGGAUCCGGGUGGGAUUACAUGAUGCAUGUGAAGGGCACAUCUCUCUCACGCUCCCUGCUACCUUCCGAGGCAGGAACAGCGCUCGGGCUGACUACGAGUACCAGCACUCCAGUCUGUAUGCCAUCUCAGCAAUGGAUGGUGUGCCAUUUAUGAUUUCAGAGAAGUUUUCUUGCGUUCCAGAAAGUAUGCAGCCCUUUGAUCUCUUGGGAAUCACCAUCAAAUCUCUGGCAGAAAUUGAAAAAGAGUACGAGUACAGCUUCCGCACGGAGCAGAGCGCCGCCGCCCGGCUCCCGCCCAGCCCCACCCGGUGCCAGCAGAUCCCCCAGUCCUGAGGGGCCGCCUGCGGGGAGAAGAUGCAUUGCCCAGACUACUGAGCGCCCCCUCGCCCGGUCCCUCCCGCCGCCCACCCACACUGCCCCGCUUGGCGCUUCUGGGAGACUCUGGGCAGCUGAGCUGUUACCUCCUCGGUCAUCGGCGUGCCUGAUGUGACACCCCGCUCCCCUGGGGAUGCUGUUCAUAAUCUCAACUAAUUUGUGUGUGCUGUAGUGACCAGUGGCUCCUACCAUGUCUAUGUGAUGACCAGUUGUCCUGCGAACAACCCUACCCACCACGGGAGUCACCCCGAGGGCCCUGGACAGUUGUUCUGGCCGCCCAGUGACGCCACCGGCUCCCUGCUUUCCGG